AUGGACUGGCACCCUCAGGAUGAGCCAUUGAGGCAGCUGGCCUGCUGUCUUCGUGACUCCUUGAAUCCUUAUGACCGUAAUGCUCAGAAACAGGCCGAACAGAUGCUAGUACAAGCAACCUCCGCGCCCGAUUAUGUUAACUAUAUCACCUACUUGUUCAGUACUCCGCAGAGUCCUGCGGUGGUGGCCUUUGAUGAGAGCACUUGGAACAUGGUUCGUUUCGCUGCGGCGAUGAACCUGAAGACGAAAAUCCGCGUGGCAUACAACACCGUCGCCCAGCCCUGCCUGUCGUUCAUCCGGUCGGCGACCCUCCAAGGACUUCGCGACGAGAACUCCCAGGUGCGAAACUCGGCCGGAAGUAUUAUCACGGAGCUGGUUCAACAAGCGGGACUACUGGCAUGGCCCGAAGUUCUCCACGAGCUGUUGAAUCUGGUGGACAAUCCCUCGAAGGAGCACCCAGUCCUGGCGCAGGAGGCUGCCAUGUCGGCCCUCGCAAAGGUCUGCGAGGACAACCGCAAGAUCCUCGAGCGCGACUACCAAGGCCAUUGCCCCCUCGACGUCAUCAUCCCGAAACUGCUGGAGUUCACGUCGAGCGAAAGCGCCAACGUCCGCGCCACAGCCCUCAAGACCAUCCACAUCUUCCUUCCACACCGGCCGCAGGCGUUGGUGGCGUCGAUGGAUCUCUUCUUGUCACAGUUGUUCCAGCUCGCCAACGACUCUAAUACGGAUGUGCGCCGCACAGUAUGCCUGACUUUUGCCCAGCUCGUGGAUUUUGCCCCGGAGAAACUCAUCCCGCACAUUGGAGGACUGGUCGACUACAUCAUUAUGCAGCAGCAUGACCCGAAAGAUCCCGAACUCGCCCUUGACGCCGCCGAGUUUUGGCUCGUAGCCGGAGAGCAGGUGAAGUUACAACAGCCGUUGGCCCCGUAUAUGCCCAGGAUCGUCCCCGUGCUGCUUCAAAGUAUGGUCUAUGACGAAGAUGAGGCUCUCCGCCUGGACAAGGAGGGAGAGGACGCCGAGGUGGAAGACCGUGCCGAAGACCUCAAACCUCAGUUCGCAAAAUCCAAGGGCUCCCGAUUAGAUUCGUCCAAGGCGGAUGGGCAAGCCAACGGCAACGCGCGUGCCGAGGCUGAGGAUGACGACGACCUCAGCGAGGGCGAAAUUGAGGACUCUGAAUUUGGAGACGAUCCAGAGGACGAAUGGACUUUGCGCAAGUGCUCCGCUGCCGCCUUGGACAUCUUUUCAAACGUCUAUCACCAACCGAUCUUCGAGGUCAUUCUGCCGUAUUUGAAGGAGACCCUGCGCCAUGAGCAGUGGCCCCAGCGGGAAGCGGCCGUCCUCACCCUGGGCGCGGUCGCAGAUGGAUGCAUGGAUGCUGUCACCCCCCAUCUUCCGGAGCUUGUCCCCUACCUCAUCUCGCUCUUGAACGAUCCGCAGCCCGUUGUGCGACAAAUCACCUGCUGGUGUCUAGGCCGGUAUUCCGAAUGGGCGUCGCACCUGGACAAUCCGUCAGAGAGAGCCAGUUUCUUCGAGCCGAUGAUGGAUGGAAUCCUGCGUCGAAUGUUGGACAACAACAAGAAGGUACAAGAGGCAGCGGCGUCUGCGUUCGCCAGUCUUGAGGAGAAAUCAGAUGUCAACUUGGUCCCAUACUGUGAGCCGAUUCUCCGACAGUUCGUGCAGUGCUUCGGGAAGUACAAAGACCGAAACAUGUACAUCCUGUACGACUGUGUCCAGACCCUAGCCGAGUGCGUCAUGGGAGAGCUAGCGAAGCCCCACCUUGUUGAUAUCCUCAUGACCGCACUCAUCGACCGCUACAACAAGGUCUCGGAUCAGUCUCGAGAGCUCUUCCCGCUGCUGGAAUGUCUUGGGUAUGUCGCUGCUGCCUACGGUGACGCGUUCGCUCCUUUCGCUCCUCCUCUCUUCCAGCGGUGCACCAAGAUCAUCUAUGGGAAUCUGCAGGAAUACAUCGCAUCGGUCAAUAACCAGGGCAUCGAGGAACCGGACAAGGAUUUCUUGGUCACCAGCCUGGACUUGCUGAGUGCCAUCAUCCAGGCCAUUGAUCCGCAGAAGAGCGGCGAGCUAGUGGCCAACUCGCAGCCUCGUUUCUUUGACCUGCUCUGCUUUUGCAUGGAGGACCCAAACUAUGAAGUUCGUCAAUCGUCGUACGCACUGCUGGGCGACUGUGCCAUCAACAUUUUCCCUCAGCUCGAACCAUUUAUCCCUAAUAUCAUACCCACGUUGAUCAAGCAGCUUGACCUAGACCUGAUCCGGGACGACGAACGGUACACGGGCUUCAGCGUGUUGAAUAAUGCGUGUUGGUCGUGCGGAGAGAUUGCGGUCAACGAGAAGGCGGCGUUGUCACCGUACUUGGACAAACUUUAUCACGGCUUGCUUAUCAUCCUCAACAACGAGGAAAUCAUUGACUCGGUCAAUGAGAACGCCGCAAUGGCUUUGGGACGCCUGGGGAUCUGCUGCUCGGAUCAGCUGGCCCCUCGUCUCAGCUCUUAUGCCGCGGUUUUCCUGAAGUCGAUGAGCAAGAUCGACUUCACGCGGGAGAAGGCAUCCGCCUUUUUGGGCUUCAAUCAGGUUGUCAUGAAAAACCCGCAGGCGAUGGAAUCCAGCCUUGGUCAAUACUUUCAGGCAAUUGCCUCGUUUCCCAGCAAGUCGCUCAGUCAAGAGGACUACCGUGACAUCCAGAGCUCAUUCCAGCAGGUGCUGCAAGGCUACAAAAAUAUGAUACCCAACUUUGAUUCCUUCCUCUCGCAGCUUCCGCCCAAUGUUGCUCAGAAGCUUCGUUCUGUAUAUCAAGUUUAG